CGGCGGAGGAAUUAGACGUAGAGGGGCGCCAGCCUCGGGGCCUGACGGGAUUGUGGCGGUCCAGUUCGCCGAAUCGGAAGUCGGCCUGCCUCGGGACUCUCGACAUGGCGACCUCACUGGGUUCCAACACCUACAACAGGCAGAACUGGGAGGACGCGGACUUCCCUAUUCUCUGCCAGACGUGUCUUGGAGAAAACCCUUAUAUACGAAUGACCAAAGAAAAGUAUGGAAAAGAAUGCAAAAUCUGUGCCAGGCCGUUCACAGUGUUUCGCUGGUGCCCUGGGGUCCGAAUGCGCUUCAAGAAGACUGAAGUGUGUCAAACCUGCAGUAAAUUGAAGAAUGUUUGUCAGACCUGCCUGUUAGACCUAGAGUAUGGCCUGCCCAUCCAGGUUCGUGAUGCAGGAUUGUCAUUUAAAGAUGACAUGCCAAAAUCUGAUGUCAACAAAGAGUACUACACGCAGAAUAUGGAGAGAGAAAUUUCUAACUCUGAUGGAACACGACCAGUUGGCAUGCUGGGGAAAGCUACAUCCACCAGUGACAUGUUGCUCAAACUGGCCCGGACCACACCUUACUACAAAAGGAAUCGGCCCCACAUUUGCUCCUUCUGGGUGAAAGGAGAGUGUAAGAGAGGAGAGGAGUGUCCGUACAGACAUGAGAAGCCCACAGAUCCAGAUGACCCCCUUGCUGAUCAGAAUAUAAAAGACCGGUACUAUGGAAUCAAUGACCCUGUAGCAGAUAAGCUUCUGAAGCGGGCUUCCACCAUGCCUCGUCUGGAUCCUCCAGAGGACAAGACGAUCACCACGCUGUAUGUGGGUGGUCUGGGUGAUACCAUCACAGAGACAGAUCUCAGAAAUCACUUCUACCAGUUUGGGGAGAUCCGCACAAUCACUGUUGUUCAGAGGCAGCAGUGUGCUUUCAUCCAAUUUGCCACAAGGCAGGCUGCAGAGGUGGCUGCUGAGAAGUCCUUUAAUAAGCUGAUUGUCAAUGGCCGCAGACUCAAUGUGAAAUGGGGAAGAUCUCAAGCAGCCAGAGGAAAAGAAAAAGAGAAAGAUGGAACCACAGACUCUGGGAUCAAGCUAGAACCUGUACCAGGACUGCCCGGAGCUCUUCCUCCUCCUCCUGCAGCAGAGGAAGAAGCCUCUGCCAACUACUUCAACCUGCCCCCAAGUGGUCCUCCAGCUGUAGUGAACAUUGCUCUGCCCCCACCCCCUGGGAUUGCCCCUCCCCCACCCCCAGGUUUUGGACCACACAUGUUCCACCCAAUGGGACCACCCCCUCCUUUCAUGAGGGCUCCAGGACCAAUCCACUAUCCUUCUCAGGACCCUCAGAGAAUGGGAGCUCAUGCUGGAAAACACAGCAGCCCCUAGCACAGCAUCACCACUCAGGGGCUCAGAGGAAGAAAGGGCGCUCUAAAAUCCCA